AUGAACCAAACCCAAAACCAUGUCGAUGAUAACAACCUCAAGCCGGCCAGAACCGGAUCAAUGUCCUCCGUACCGGAUUGGAUAACCGAGACGAUCAAUGGUGGAUCAGCCCGCCACGUCGAUCUCGAUACAGGAACCAAUGGCUGGGCUUCACCUCCUGGAGACGUAUUCUCUGUCCGCUCCGCCGACUAUUUCACCAACAAACGUAAAUGUCCCGGCGGAGACUACCUCCUCUCUCUCGCUGGUGUUGACUGGCUCAAAUCCACUACCAAACUCGACAACAUCCUAGCUCGUCCCGACAACCGUGUGGCUCACGCGCUCAGACAAGCUCAGUCUCUUGGUCAGUCCCAAAACAGCUUCAUCUUCGCUAUGAACUUUCAUAUUCCAGGCAAGGAACACUACCACUCGGUGCUCUACUUCGCGACGGACCAACCUAUUCCCUCCGAUUCUCUCUUCAAACGGUUCAUAGACGGAGACGAUACGUUUCGUAACCAGAGGUUUAAAAUAGUGAGCCAAGUCGUGAAAGGGCCAUGGAUAGUUAAAGCUGCGGCCGGGCAGUUCGGUGCGUUUCUUGUGGCUAAGACCGUGAGGUGUGCUUACCAUAAAGGACCAAACUACUUUGAGAUGGAUGUGGAUACAUGCGUCUCGCCGAUCUUGUCAGGGUUUCUACAGUUUAUGUUGGGGUACGCAAGGAAGCUUACGCUCGAUGUUGGCUUCGUUAUUGAGGCGCAUGAAGAGGAUGAGCUGCCGGAGAAACUGAUUGGAGGUGUUAGAUUGUGUGGUAUGGAGGUAUCCUCGGCUUUUGUGGUCGAACCGGAGCCACUGAAACCGUACAGGAUGAUGGGCUCGGUGGAAGCAAGUGACGACGUAAACACGCAUUAA